AUGCCUUCCUUCCCGCGACUAAUCUACAACAACAAAUUCGACCUCCCUUCCCUCCCACCACCCGACACCUUUAAAGACCAAACCAUCCUCAUCACCGGCGCAACCGGCGGUCUCGGUCUCGCCACCGCGGUCCACUUCGUCAAUCUUGGGGCCAGCACCGUCAUCAUCACGGGCCGCACGAGCUCUAAAUGUGAAGCUGCAAAGACAGAGAUCGAGAGCCAAACAGGCACCCAAGGCAAGGAUAUGGUGAAGAUAAUGGAGCUUGAUAUGAGCACGUUUGCUGGUGUUAAGGUGUUUGCUGAUCAGGUGAAGAAGGAGGUUAAGAGUAUUGAUUAUGUGUUGCUUAAUGCUGGGAUGAUGAGUACAAGCUUCAGACUUGGCAAAGAAGGGUUUGAAGAGUCAAUCGAGAUCAAUACUCUGAGCACGGCACUAUUAGCUCUGCUGUUACUUCCAUGGAUGAAGGAAGUUGGAAAGGGAAAGGCACACUUAGGUGUUGUGACAAGUGGAUUGCAUAGAGGCGAACUCGACAUCACACCCCCAAACUUCCCCCAAACCAACAUCCUAACCCACUACAACACCCCCCAAAACUACCCCAAAGGCACCUCUGGCAUCUACCCCAUCAACAAGCUCCUAACCCAAUACUGCAUCCGCGAAAUCUCCAAGCUAGCACUCGGUCCUGACGGGACACCACAAGUCAUCGUAAACCCCAUGUGUCCCGGCAUGGUAAAAUCCGAUCUCGGCCGAGAAUACAAAACAAACAUACUCACAUCCUUCCUAGUAGAUUCCUUCAUGACGCUCGUAUCCAAGACAACGGAAGGCGGGGCCCGGACACUAGUCCUCGCUGCUCUGACGACGAAGGAGGAGAAUGGGAUGCAUUAUACGAAUUAUAUGGGGCGAGAGGAGUAUGAGAAGAUUGUUCAGAAAAACGUCCUCGGGCCAGAGGGGCAAAAGAUGCAGGCUGAGGUUUGGAAAGAGGUUAUUGCCGUGUUAGGAGAGAGAGUCCCGGAGGUAAAGGGGAUUGUGGGUGGUGCUUGA